AUGGCCGAAAUCACGCAGAACAGUAUCCGCAAGGCGAAAGAAACCGUCCGGGAAUACGCGUGGCGUAUCAACGAUGCCGCCCAAGAUCUCGAGUUGCGACAUUCUCAAGCGGCGCAGAUCUUCAUCGACGGUUGCAAGGACCCUGGCCUGGCCUCGUGCAUCCGUGGGUCGGAGACGCGACCGGGUACGAUUCAGGAGUGCCUGGAUUACCUUCGUUUUCGCGACAUGGACCUUGAUAUGCGCCUCAAUGACGCGAACGGACACGACGUUCCCCGAUCUACGUCCUCGGCGACGCGGGUGAACCGUACUAACUCGACGGAUGCGACCAGCAAGUCCACAGAAGAGGCUAUGGCGGCGCUUCGGUGGCUAACAUCGCUCCGCGUCGUCCGUCGGGAAAUCAGCCGGUGGUGCCGAAUAUCCGCAUGGAUCCCGACGAGACGACGACACAGUCGGGCCGUGUGGUAUGUGGGCGUUGUCAACGAAGUGGUCAUGGGCGCGAGGCGUACCCCGGGGGAUCGCCGAUGCUACAACUGUAAUGAGCCGGGCCAUCUUCGUGUGGAGUGCCCCAAGCUUCGAAGUGGCCCGAGCAUCGUCGUACCUCCCAAUAAAACUUCUGUGACGGAACCUACGAAUACUCCUGCGCCGGCGAAUCGACAACAACGCGGUGAGAACUACGGACAGCGAGUGGCGACGUCGAUAAGGAAUCUGGGUGUGGAGUCCGUGGGUCGACAGGUGACGAGAGUGAACCCGGUCAACCGAUCGGAUGUUGAGGAAAGUGUGAGUGCUGGUCGUGCGAUCAGUAGCUCCAGGGAUGAGGCACGACUAACACACGAGCAGCUCGUGCUGUCCGGGCGUAGCGAGGGUUCGACGAGGAUGUCGGAUCCAGUGGGUGAUGUGAGAUCAGUGGAGUUACCGGUUCCGGGUGAAGGCUCAGAGUCGAGCCUGGAUGAAGCAAAUAUGGACUGCGAUGAAGACAGCCCCCUGGAGGAGGCAGAGUAUGAGGAAGUGAUACGAGUGGGCUCGAUGGAUAUGCCGAGUCAUGAGGUGGAUACGGAGGACGACGUUGCGGGCAGUCCGGUCGAAGAGGGGUACUCCCACGACGGUUCGAUGCGCACGUUGGGUCGUGUUGGAUACGCGUUGGAAGUCGAAGUGAGCUUUCCGACGGAAGUUAUACGGGGUGAGCCGGCGGUCGAGCAAGCUCCGUUGGAAAGUCAUGACCAAUAUAAAAAGUCGGUAGUCGACUCGGUUGCGUCAUCGGAAGCACGAGCGGUACGGGUGGACUUGCCUGUUCAAGGUGCGGCGUCGACAGCCGGUGGGUAUACAGAUUUGCCGCAUUCGACCGUAGUGGAGUCGCAGGUCACGGGACCGGAAAAGCUGACGUUGCCGUCUGUGAACGACCCGUCGGUCCGCUGGGUGUUCACCCCUCACCAAAUUGAAGCGAUCGUCCGGUGCGACUUUCCAGGGAUCGUUCAAGGUCUUCACUCUGACAUGGAAGAUCGGAUGUUGCCGUUGACCAAGGCGGACGUGGCGGACUAA